AUGGCCCGAUGGAUGUCCGCUAAAGGAGCGAGAAACAUCGUACUCGUAUCGCGGAGAGCAUCCAUUAAUGACAAGGUACAGGCUCUAAUUGAUGAUUUAGCUGCUGAACAAACAUUAGUCACUGUUAAGGCAUGCGAUGUCAUUAGUAAGGCCUCUGUCGAGACCCUCAUCAAGGAAGACAUGAAGGAUCUCCCUCCCGUGCGUGGUGUUGUACAUGGAGCGAUGGUUCUUCGCGACAUGCUUUUUGAGAACAUGACGCUAGAUGACUUCCAAUCCGUCGCAGAAAACAAGGUUGAAGGAGCGUGGAACUUCCACGAAGUCCUCUCGGGCACUCCGCUCGACUUUUUCAUCGCCCUUUCUUCUGUCGCUGGUGUCAUUGGUAACAGAGGCCAAGCCGCCUACGCUGCAGCGAACGUAUUCUUAGACGAGUUCAUGGCCUACCGUCGCUCGCACGGUCUCCCAGGAACAACCAUCGAUCUAACAGCCGUCAGCGACGCAGGAUACCUUGCCGACGUGGACGUGAAGCGACUGCAAGAGGUCCUGAAAAAUAUCGGCAGUGACACGAUGGACGAGGGAGAAGUGCUCGCACUUUUCGGCGCAGCGCUAACAGGUGAUCUGGACCGAUCAUGCUCUGGACAAAGCAUUACAGGUCUGAGUCUGCGGACAACGCUAGACCACUUCUGGGCUCAGGAUGCCAAAUUCAGUGACUUAUAUGCGGCAGCCAAGGAGAAACUGAGCUCUGGAACAGGUGCAGCGGGAGGCCCCUCUGUGCCGCUGGAUGUGCAGCUGCAUGAAGCGGAGUCCAAGGAGGUGGCGUUGCAGAUCUGUUACCAGGCGUUGGCGGCGAAAUUAGCGCAGGUGCUUCAGAUCUCGUUAGAAGAUAUGGAUCCUUCUGUGACAGUUUCAUCGCUAGGUCUUGAUUCUUUGGUUGCUAUUGAGAUUCGGAAUUGGAUUGCGCGUGAGGCAAAUGCUAAUGUCCAGGUAUUGGAGUUACUGUCGAGUGGGUCGUUGAUGGCUUUGGCUGAAAUUAUUCUGAGCAAGUCUCAGACGUGA